AGGCGCACGUUGUAAAAUGAAACUUUUCGUGCUCGUUAUCCUUGUUGCACUUUGUGUGGGAGUUUAUCCAAGAAGGAUAUGUAAAAUGGUUCACAAAAGAUACAAAUGUCAGGAUGGAGAAUGUGUGAUGGUUAGACUCUGCUGGCCGAGGCCAAAUCAUUACAUAACAUACGACUUAUGCAUGUCUAAAUGCGAGGCGACAACCGCCAGUACCAAUACUACUGAAACAUAACUAACCUUUGAGAAUAAAAGCAAGAAGAGUUUUCAA